UUGCUUUUUCAUUUGUGCGGUAAUUUUUUAACUGGUUGGUCGUGCCAGCAGAAAUUUGUGUGUUUCGUUGGAAAAAAAAACGUGCGGUAAAAAGAAGAAAUACUAAAAAGCAAAAACAACAACAAUAAUUACAAAAAAAAUACAAGUGAAUGGAGUAAAAAAAAGUGAAUACGGUUUGGGUAGCAAAAAAAAAAGUUAAUAAGAAAAAUAAUUUGCCAAAGCAGAUAAAAAAAGAAAAUAACGCCUAGCAGUCGGGAAGGGGAAUAGAAAUUUCUACAGUGACUUGUUUAUUGAAAAAAAGUAAAAGAAUUACACUAAAAAAAAGUAACAAGAAAUAAAAAUACAAUAGUCAUCUUUCCAGCAGCAAGAGCAAAUGUAAUUGUGUUAACAAAAUAAAAAGUGUUUUAUUGGUGAAGAAAAAAAGUAAAAUAUCUCAAAAAAGGCCUAAUAAGAGCCACAUAAAGCAACAAUUUGCUUUCGUUAUUAAAAAAAAAAAGUUUUCUAUAAAAUUGCAAACAAUAUACAGAUUAUAAAAUGACUUCCACAAAACGUUCAAACGUUGAUUUUGACGUGGAUGACGAUUUUGAUGAAGAUUCCGGUUCAGAUUUUGAUGAAGAUGAAGAUCCAGAUAAAAUAGAAGUACCAGGAGGAGGACGUGAUUUACAAACAGCCGUUACAUACGCUAAAAAUAGCACCAUACAAAAACAGGCGCACAGCAAUAGCAAUUCAUUACUAAUCACAAAUCAGCCAGGAGCCGUUGCAGCAGCCAAAACAAAUAACAAUAUGCCGAAAAAGACAGCAACCUCAUCCUCUGUGAGCAUGGGCAUGGGCUAUGAUUCCCAACCGUCUUCCACAAAUUCUGCCAAUAGCGGUUUAUCUACACAGUCGAAAAUCAAUGCCAUGGUUUUGCAAAAGAUUCAGGCUUUAGUUGCCGCCAAUCCACAGUUUUUAACCAGUGGCAUACCGAAUCAAUUAUUGUCACAACUGUUAAUGCAGCCGAUGAAGGUUACCACACCCAUUAUGCAACCCGAAGAAGAUGAGGCCGAUUAUGAGGAAAUGGGUGUAGCCGAAACUUAUGCCGAAUAUUGGCCAGCCAAAUUAAAAUUGGGUAAAAAACAUCCUGAUCCUGUAGUCGAGACAGCUUCUCUAUCAUCCGUAGAACCCUGUGAUGUUUACUAUAGAUUGUCCAUACCUCUCGAAACAAUACAAAGUGGUCAAUUGAGUGCUUUACAAUUGGAAUCGAUAACAUAUGCCUCACAGGCUCAUGAUCACCUGCUGCCCGAUGGUAGUCGUGCUGGUUUUCUUAUAGGUGAUGGUGCUGGUGUGGGCAAAGGGCGAACUAUAGCCGGCAUUAUCUAUGAGAAUUAUAUGAAGGGUAGAAAGAAAGCUUUAUGGAUAUCGGUAUCGAAUGAUUUGAAAUAUGAUGCCGAAAGAGAUUUGGGUGAUAUAGGGGCAGGACGGAUAGAGGUGCAUGCUUUGAAUAAGUUUAAAUAUGCCAAAAUCAAUUCGGAUGUUAAUAACAAUUGUAAAAAAGGUGUUAUAUUUAGCACUUACUCGGCUUUAAUUGGAGAAUCGAAUAAUAAGACUGGUAAAUACAAAUCAAGACUUAAACAGCUGCUGCAGUGGUGUGGCGAAGACUUUGAUGGUCUCAUAGUGUUUGAUGAAUGUCACAAGGCUAAAAACUUGUGUCCCGUGGGCUCGGGCAAAGCCACCAAAACUGGUCUCACAGUUUUAGAAUUACAAAAUAAAUUACCCAAAGCUAGAGUGGUUUAUGCUUCAGCUACAGGUGCUUCGGAACCUAAAAAUAUGGCCUAUAUGGUGCGUUUGGGUUUAUGGGGUCAGGGUACAGCAUUUCCUACAUUUAAUGAUUUCAUAAUGGCGGUAGAGAAGAGAGGUGUGGGCGCUAUGGAAAUAGUGGCUAUGGAUAUGAAAUUGAGAGGCAUGUAUAUUGCUAGACAGCUAAGUUUCCAUGGUGUUACUUUCAAAAUCGAAGAGGUUAAUUUGUCUAAAGAGUUUCGCAAGAUUUACGAUGAAUCUGUCGAUUUGUGGGUCGAAGCUAUGCAAAAAUUUACCGAGGCUGCUGAGUUAAUCGAUGCUGAAAGUCGCAUGAAAAAGACCAUGUGGGGUCAAUUCUGGUCUUCCCAUCAAAGAUUUUUCAAAUAUCUUUGUAUAGCGGCCAAAGUUAAUCAUGUUGUACAAAUAGCUCGCGAAGCUAUUAAAUAUGGCAAAUGUGUGGUUAUAGGUUUACAGUCGACGGGUGAGGCUCGCACUCUGGAACAAUUGGAAAGAGAGGAUGGUGAAUUGACAGAUUUUGUUUCAACAGCCAAAGGCGUUUUCCAAUCUCUGGUGGAGAAGCAUUUUCCUGCACCCGAUCGCAAUCGUAUCAAUCGCAUAUUGGGUCUUACUGCUCCCUCGGAAGAUAAAAAAUCUAUACAGUCCAUUAUUGCUGAGGUUACAGCCAAAAAUAAAAUUAAAGAAGAACCUCCCUCCUCCUCCGCCAAUAAACGUAAAUCCUCACGUCAGGAUUUGCAUGCCAAUAAAAAAUCACGCAACAAUUCCUGGAAUGAUUCCGAUGAUGAUAACGACUCACAAAAUGAAUCGGGCAAAGAGUCAGACUACAAACUCUCCAAUUCAGAAUCAGAGGAAUCCGAUACAGGUAAUCAUAGCGACAGCUAUGAAUCCUCCGAUUUUAAUCCCUUCUGCAGUGGUUCAGAUUCUGAUAAUGACCCAUGGUUGGCUCGGGCCAAAAAGAAGAAAUUAAAAAAGAAGGUUAAAACAAAGGAAACCAAUGCCUCCACCAACAACAACAACACAAAUAAUAACAUCUCCACCACCUCUAACAAUAACAACAUAGUUUCCUCUACAGCUUUAGCUGUUACAGUGUCACCGCCCAAAAAGAAACCUCCACAAUCGACGCAAGAUAAAAUCCAAGAUUUAUUGCAAAAGAAACAAGAACUCAAGGGCACAGUGACCCAAGUGGGAGUUCAUGGCGUGCGCUUAAACUAUGGUCCACCACCCAAAGAUGCUAUUGAGCGAGCUUGUUCCAUGAAAGAGGAAUUAUUGCGUAAAAUAGAAGUGUUAGGUGAUCGUUUGCCACCCAAUACCUUAGAUCAAUUGAUUGAUGAGUUGGGAGGUCCAGACAAUGUGGCCGAAAUGACCGGUCGCAAGGGUAGAGUGGUACAAUCGGAUGAUGGCUCCAUACAGUAUGAGUCACGUUCUGAACAAGAUGUUCCUUUAGAAACUUUAAAUAUAACAGAGAAACAAAGAUUCAUGGAUGGCCACAAGGAUGUAGCCAUUAUAUCCGAGGCCGCCUCCAGUGGUAUUUCAUUGCAAAGUGAUCGUAGAGUGCGCAAUCAAAGGCGACGUGUCCAUAUUACACUCGAAUUGCCCUGGUCAGCUGAUCGUGCCAUCCAACAGUUUGGUCGUACACAUCGUUCCAAUCAGGUCAAUGCUCCCGAGUAUAUUUUCUUAAUUUCCGAUCUGGCGGGAGAACGACGUUUCGCCUCCACCGUAGCCAAACGUUUAGAGUCUUUGGGCGCUCUCACACAUGGUGAUCGUAGGGCUACCGAGACCCGUGAUUUGUCUCAAUUCAAUAUAGACAACAAAUAUGGCCGCACGGCUUUAGAAACUGUGAUGAAAACUAUAAUGGGCUAUGAACAGCCUUUAGUACCACCACCCAACGAUUAUCGUGGUGAUUUCUUUAAGGAUAUUGCUGGCGCCUUAGUGGGUGUGGGUCUUAUUGUGAAUAGUGAAUCUAGUCCGGGCAUCUUAAGUUUGGACAAGGAUUAUAAUAAUAUUUCAAAGUUUUUGAAUAGAAUAUUGGGUAUGCCGGUUGAGUUGCAAAAUCGUUUAUUUAAAUAUUUCACCGAUACCCUGACGGCUAUUAUACAUCAGGCCAAGAAGGGAGGACGUUUUGAUUUGGGUAUUUUGGAUUUGGGUGCGGCAGGCGAGAAUGUUACCCGCGUGAAAUUGGUGCGUUUCUUGCGUAAACAUGCUACCGGCAAAGCGCCCACUGAGCUGCAUACCGUGCGUGUGGAAAGAGGCAUGAUUUGGCAGGAGGCUAUGGACAAAUACGCCGAUUUGAUUAGCAGCAAUGAAGGUUUCUAUUUGUCGCAUCAGGUACGCAACAACAAACGUACCGCCAUCUUAGCCGUUGAAAUUGAAGCCCCCACUGUAACCAACAGCCAGCAGCCGAAUAAUAAAAAGAAAGAAAAACCCAGUAAAAAAGAUAUUAUGUUUCAAAUCUAUCGACCCAAUACGGGUCUGCAAGUACGACACGAAUCUUUGGCGGAGAUAGAAAAGAAAUACAAAAAGGUGGGCAUGACAGAGGCCGAAGUACACUGGACGCAACAGUAUGAUGCAUCCGUUAAUACUUGUUCACAUGCCUAUUGGAAUGGUAAUUGUCGUAAUGUUAAUAUGGGACAGGAAUGUGAGGUGGGUUUACGUCAACGUUUGUAUUAUGUUUUGGCCGGCUCUGUACUGUCGGUGUGGUCGCGUGUAGAACAAAUUUUGUCCACACGUAAUGCCAACAAUAAAAUGCAAGUUAUACGCAUGAAAACUACGGAGGGCGAGAAAAUCGUGGGUACUUUAAUACCCAAAUCAUGCCAUGAAUUGCUUAUGCAAGAUCUUAAGUCUGAUGCUGAAAAAGUCGAAGAAGUUAACUUUUAAAAAACAGCAAGAAGAAAGAGAAGAAAUUUACUUU